UCAAAACUUCCUCUAGCACAACUUAUGGCUUUAUUCCAGCUUCCUCGUGGUCAAUAGCCAGCUAGUCCUGUAUACGGCCCAUAAACGACGAUGGUGUGGGGACUACCAAUUUCCCUCGCACGACCUUCUCACCUACCUCGAGCUUUUCAUACAAUCAAACGCAAACAGAGACCAACGCGCCAAACACCCUUCGAACUCCCCCGUUCAUCUUCGCUACACGCACAUCCAAAGGUUGAAGGCUGGUGCUUUUGGGAUAAAAGAAGGGUCAGCGAUAUAUUUCUUUGCGUUUUUUAGACAUUAUACCCGCUGCUACCGAUUGAUUAGGUCCAAACGCCCAUCCGUCCCUGCACCCAAGACGAUCCAAAACCCGAGCCCAAGAAGAU